AUGGCAGAUACAAGCAACGUGACUGAAAUCCUUUUCCUGGGAUUUUCUCAGAACCAGAACGUGCAGAAGGUCAUUUCUGCCUUGUUCCUUCUCAUGUACACGGCCAUCGUGCUGGGCAAUGGCCUCAUCGUGGUGACCAUCGUGGCCAGCAAAGGGCUCACCUCGCCCAUGUAUUUCUUCCUCAGCUAUUUGUCCUUGGUGGAGAUCUGCUACUGUUCUGUCACAGCUCCCAAGCUCAUCUUUGACACCUUGACCAGGAGGAAAGUCAUUUCCCUCAAGGGCUGCAUCACGCAGAUCUUUUUCCUCCAUUUCUUCGGCGGCACUGAGAUCUUUCUUCUGACGGUGAUGGCCUACGACCGCUACGUGGCCAUCUGCAAGCCCUUGCACUACAGGGCCAUCAUGCACCCGCGAGCCUGUGGCCUCCUGGUGGCGGCGGCGUGGGGUGGGGGCUUGCUGCAUUCUCUCGGGCAAACCUUCCUCAUUUUCCAGCUGCCCUUCUGCGGCCCCAACGUCAUUGACCACUAUUUCUGCGAUGUCCACCCCGUGCUGAAGCUGGCUUGCUCGGACACGGUCCUCAUCAGCCUGCUCAUCAUCCUCAACGGUGGCUCCAUCUCGGUGCUGAGCUUCGCGGUGCUGCUGGCCUCCUACGCCGUUAUCCUGCGCUCGCUGAGCAGCCGCACCGCCGAAGGGCGGCGCAAGGCCCUCUCCACCUGCGCCUCUCACCUGGCGGUGGUGGCCCUCUUUUUUAUACCCUGCUCCUUUGUCUACAUGCGGCCCUGCGUCACCCUCCCUGCGGACAAGAUUGUGGCCGUGUUUUACACGGUGCUCACGCCCCUUCUAAACCCGGUCAUUUACUCCUUCAGGAAUGCAGAGGUGAAAAGUGCUGUGUGCAGGCUCAUGAGGAGGAGAGCAAUCGGGGAGGGAAGCAGAUGA